GAGCCAAGGGAUGAAGUGAGAUGUGUGAGAAAGUAACGAAAUUUCUUAUUUUUUUUUUUAUGUCUCGUAAUGUCUUGGCACCAAGGAAAAGCAAUUCAAAGGAAAGCCCAGAAGGCAUAUUUAUACAAUAUUGUAAUAUCUUGAAAAGAUGGCUAGGCGAGGGUUUUAUAUUAGUGUAAAAAAACUGAUUUCACCUGUCACUUGAAAGAAAGGAAAUUAGACCUUGCUGAUUAUAAUUUAAACGUUUAAGCUUUUUUUGAUGGAAAAAAAAUGGCUUUCUCCAGCAAACACUUCUGGUUGGCCCGCUUUGGAAUUCUUGGAACAAAGAUUCCUUAUCAGAUGAUCGUGAGAUUUCCACUGCUACCGGUUUUACUCAGUUGAUUCAGAAGCGCAAUUUUUAGUCUCAUGGGGUUCUAUUUUGUGACAUAUUGAAUUAGAGACAAACUACUGAAGCAGGUGAAUUCCGAUUUAGCCAGUAAAUUAUCGUUGAACCAUCAAUGACGUCAGAACAAUCAUACCAGAAUCAUAUUAUAUCAUGCUUUUCUUAUGUCAUCCCUGACGCUACAUCUGUCGUCGCACAUCGCACAAGUAGUGACCACAAAACAGCCCUUCCCAGUUUGGUUCUCAGAGCCGGAGUACUUAAUAAUGGAAAACACAACAAACACCAGCUGUCCCAUGUUUGGAAAGUUUGCCGAAAUGCUUCCUUUCCCCAAAACUGACAUGCGCACUAAGAAGAACGUGGUUCUAGUACAAGCCAUCCUGCACGGCGCCACCUGCCCCUUCACUAUCACCCUAAAUUUCCUGAUCAUCCUCGUUCUACUGAAGGUCCGCUCGCUUCGAAGCAAUGCAAAUAUCUUGUGCGGGCUUCUAGCGUCGGUAGACCUUCUUGUUGGAUUUAUAAUACAGCCCUCUUUGGUGGCAGAACACAUCAUGUACUAUUCAACGGAUCAAUACACCUGUUUUGGUGCUACGUAUCACUAUUAUACCCACCGUGUACUACUUUUCGUCUCUCAGAUCCUGAGUUUAAGCUCUCUACACCACUUGACGUUGCUGAACAUUGACCGCUACAUAGGGAUGAAAGAGACAUUGCGUUACCCCGUGAUUGUCACGCAACAGCGCGUGGUGUUUGGUGUGGUUUGCGCCUGGCUUCUAGCAACGCUCUUGUCUUUAAAUGUGUUCUAUUCAGCGCUUUUUCUCCCCAUGAACAUCUCCGUUCUUGUUUGCUUCUCUUUCUGCAUCUAUUGCAGCGUUGUUGUGACGCAUGAGAGCAGAAGGCAUCAGAGACAGAUUGUUGCCCAACAUCGCGCUGCAGGGCUACCUCUCAACGCUCUACAAAAACGACGAGCAAACUGGGUCUUCAUCUUUUUAACCCUGGCACUUCUUCUGACGUAUUUCAUAGCAGGGCUGAUGCGAGCUUUUAGAGACCGAGUUCCUAACAUCCUCCAGGUGACGACCUCACUCUUUACAUUGAAUGCACUCCUAAACCAGUUAUCUUCAUUUUGCGAUGCGAAGAUUUCAGGAUUGCACUCGAAAUCGAUCCAGGAAGGGUGCAACCGCAUGGCCCAACAUGAGCGCUAUUAUAACCAUUCUUGGAUAGGGAUUCCUGUGGCAAGCAAGAAAGCGAUAGAAGGGGAGGGGACGUCAAGGAAAGAAAGUACUCAGCCCCAGGCUCCGCGAUUCGCACCGGAGACCCACCAGAACGAGGCAGAAAUAUACGUGGCGCGCUUGCGCAAUUUAUUCUUCAUCCGGGUAACUUAA